AUGGAAGUGGUCUCCACAUCAGUUGGCAACUUUACUGUUGACCUUUUCAACAAGCUGAAUGAGAACAACAAGGGAAAAAACAUUUUCUUCUCCCCUUGGAGCAUAUCAGCAGCUCUGGCUCUGACAUACCUGGGAGCAAAAGGAACUACAGCAACUGAGAUGGCAGAGGUCCUUCAUUUCACCGUGGGAGCAGGAGCUGAAGCUGCUUCUUCUGUGGCCAGACCUUCUCGGGGGAGACCAAAGAGAAGAAAAUUGGAUCCUGAGAACAAGCAAACUGCAGAUAUUCAUUCUAGCUUCAAGAAGCUCCUGACUGCCAUCAACAAACCCAGAGGCACCUACUCCCUGAAAAGUGCCAACCGCAUUUACGUGGAAAAAACCUUCCUAUUAUUGCCUACAUACAUACAGCUCAGUAAGAACUACUAUGAAGCAGAGCCACAGAAGGUUAACUUUAAGACAGCACCAGAACAGACAGGAAAGGAAAUCAACACUUGGGUUGAAAAACAAACUGAGGGCAAAAUCAAGAAUUUGCUGGGUCCACGAGAUGUGACAAACUCCACCAAGCUGAUCCUGAUAAAUGCCAUUUACUUCAAGGCAGAAUGGGAAGUGAAAUUUAAGGCAGAAGAUACAGAACUGCAACCCUUCCGACUGAGCAAGAACAAGACCAAGCCUGUAAAGAUGAUGUACAUGAGAAAAACAUUUCCAGUCCUCAUCAUGGAAGCAAUGAAUUUCAAAAUGAUUGAGCUGCCAUAUGUGAAACGUGAACUCAGUAUGUUCAUCCUCCUUCCUGAUGACAUCAAAGACAACACUACGGGUCUCGAACAGCUGGAAAGAGAACUGACAUAUGAGAAGCUGUCCAAAUGGACUGACUCCAAGAAGAUGACCGAGACUCUUGUGGACCUGUACCUACCUAAAUUCGAAAUGGAAGAGAGGUAUGACCUCAGCGAUAAUCUGAUCAGGAUGGGAAUGCGCAGCGCCUUCAGCAGCAACGCUGAUUUCAGUGGAAUGACAGAGAAGGAUAGAAUGAUGAUCUCCAAGGUUUUCCACAAGUCUUUUGUUGCAGUUGAUGAGAAGGGCACUGAGGCAGCUGCUGCUACUGCUGUCCUUGUAGAACUAACAAGUGCACAUGAUAGCCAUGUUCUGAAAUUUAGGGUUGACCACCCUUUCUACUUCUUCAUCAGACACAACAAGUCCAAGAGCAUCCUUUUUUUUGGUAGAUUCUGCUCUCCUCUAGAAUGA